CUAGACGCAUGGACGAUAAAGAGAAUCCUCACUAUAACACUGGUACUGUAGCUGAUAAUAAUGGACUACAAACCUUGGAAGAAGCAACCUCAGCGAUGAAUUUGUGGUCCUCCUCAUUAGGAAUAGAUCAAUCACCAGCUGAGGCGACCGGCCGUUUUUCUAGACCUUACAGUAAUUCACACCACGCACAUGUCCGGCGAAGUAGUGAUGACAGGGAAGAAGGUUUACUUCAUGAGUCGGAGCAUUCGCAUGAAAAGCAGGGAUGUCCAUACCUUGAUCGUAUGAAGGAGCCGGUUUUGAUCCAUCCCGUAGGUUUAGAAAAUUUAGACGAGCUUCCUAUGAGAACCCACAGUCAGCCUGAUGAACGUUCAAGGUUUAGAAAUCGAUUCGCACAGCCUAUCCGAGGUACAUCUUUACAGAUAUCAACUAGUUCUCAACAGCAGGAUAAAAAUAUUCCCCAACAAGAAAUUUGUGGUCAACGCUGCGAAUUUGUAUCGACCACUCGACGACCCAAUGGUGUCGGUAUACAAGGAUUAUCUGACGAUCCUGAAACGAGUCCUGGGUCCAGAAAACUGUGCUUUUUAUUUCUCUUCAAAAGAGGAAUCAUCGCAAGAGAUGAUCUUUGUCACGCACUUUACAUCAUUCCUGUUGAUGACUUCCAGAAGAGGUUUCCCAAAAUAAAGCAAUACGAAGCUGUUGUUUGCCAUGCCACGGAGUUCCCAAUGGCUGAAGAAAAACUAAUGAAACCAAAUUCCCUUUUUCAUCGUGUCUGGAUUGAUGGCAUUUGUAAGAUUCAAUUUGAAAUUGUCGGUGGUGAAAACUUCUCGAUUGUUUCCCCGUCUGAGAUAAUUGCAAAUGUCACGGAGAUCCUAUCAAGGAGUAAAGAUCGCGUCGGAUGUGGAUUUUCAGCAGACGUACUAACCAGAUGUACAGGGGGAAAAGACAAACUCUUUGAGGAUAACAUUCGCAUAGGAAUCCAAUCUGGAAGCCAAUCUUUCCAUUUUAUGCUUCCCAUAGCGUACUACGAAGCAAAUAUAUCACCUUGGCUUUUUAAUGCACAUGCAGUCACCCUCAUGCCCGACGAAGACAGGGAAGUGUUGCGUUCAUGCCAUGUUUCUCUUCUGGAGAAUAUUGGGAAUCCAAUCUCUGUCUGUGAUCACCUUUACCAACACAAGAUUUUCGACAGUGGGGACUUGGAAGAGAUACAGAAUAUAACAAGGAAAAGAGACCGCAAUGCCUUUUUGUUGCAUACAAUUCAGACCAGGGGAAACAUCUUAGACCUUGUCAUCGAAAUAAUGAAGAGCCAGCGUGAAAACCAAGGGGCCGCUGCUAUCUUGCAGGAAAAACGACACUGAUGAAGAUCUGCAAAUUCCACGCAGUUCAACUGAUCACAUUAAGCAUUUUUACUUAUACUUUUGCUUUAUAUGUCUUCAGUUAACGAUAACUGAGCCUUACAUCUCUACAAUAUUGUAUAACUUACUUGAAAAAAAAAAAGAAAACAAGAAAAACAAAGCAAAAACAAUAAAAAAAAAACCGCUUGUGGAGAGAACAAGCUUUGGGCAACCAGUGUUUUCAUAACCCUUUUCACUGUCACAAUUGUUUCAGUUGUGUGGCGGAUUAUUUUUAUUUUCAUUUUUUGUGUCAUUGUUUGAGCACUAUUUUGUGCACAAGCAUAACUCAGAAGAUUGCGGAGAAGACCAAUUCUUUGGCUAAUGUGUUUGAAAUGUUUCUAACAUGCACUUCAAAAUUUGUUUGUUCAUCUUGCUAAAAUUAAUGUAAAAACUUUUCAAUCUACGACCUACAAACUUUGCAAUUUGGUAAUUAUAUGGGGCUAGUCAAUUGUGCUGCGCCAGGUGCUGGGUGCUUGGCAAAUUUCUACUUUUUGAAUCAUUCUGUAUUUAAAGACGAGACUGACUGGCUAAGUUCAUUAUCCUAUUGUUAAAAUUAUAAUACAGUCACACUCUUACAGUAUAUAUUGAUAUAAUGUUAUACUUGUGUUGUAAGAAUAUUGGUAUAUUUGGUGCCUUAAGCAUUGUGCUGUCUCUCCUGUGAUUAACCCUUUAACUCUCAAGAUCUAAUUACGAAUUCUCUCCUCUAGCUCCUAGACAUUUCCUUGUUACGAGAAUU